AUGCCAGUUCCAUAUGAACUCAAGUGUCUCUGUUUUGUUUCAGAAAAUGGACUACCCAGACGACUUAGAACGGCGUACACCAACACCCAACUAUUAGAAUUAGAAAAAGAAUUCCAUUUUAACAAAUACCUCUGCAGGCCGAGAAGGAUAGAGAUAGCAGCUUCUUUAGAUUUGACGGAAAGACAGGUUAAAGUGUGGUUUCAAAAUCGACGGAUGAAACACAAACGUCAAACUCUGGGCAAACAGUCUGAAGAUGGUGACGACAAAGACUCCGUAACGAGCGAAGGAAGCAAAAGUGCAAAACUGACCGACAAAUAUCUAGACGAUGAAAUGUCAAAGAAGAGUUGUCAGGGUUGUGAAAUGCCUUCAACAGGACUCUGCGUCUCACAUGACGAAAUACCCGACAUUGCCUCGUCCAGGGGAAAUAACAACAACACGCCUAGUGCAACAAAUAACAAUAAUAGUACUGGAGCUUUCAGCAGCGGGAACUCUACAGGAGCCAGUAGCGUAGGGAGUGCAGCAUCUUACGACAAAUUACUCGAAGAGGACUCGAGAUCAAACGAAGACUGUGUUGGACCAGGAGGACCAGGCGGAGGUCAGAAAUCAAAAAAAGGAGGCGGUACCUUAUCCAGUGUCCCUAGUACUACAAAUAUUAAAGUGGAAAACAGAAGAAACUCUCCAAAUUCAUGUGAUAGAAAAGUCAGUUUAGGAAAGGUGUCACCCAACGGAAGUCACAAAGACGUGUUUAUAGGACCUUUAAAUCAGUCAGAAUCUAGUAGUUCGUUAGUUAAUAUGAAGAUGUCACCGAAAAAUUCAUCGGCAGCUCUUUCUCAUACAAGUAGCACAGCUGGCUUACAUUCAAACACGAUAGGUAUCUCAUCGAGUAUGAUGUACCCCGCCCAAAUACAAAGAUCCUCUCCAACAACUGCUACAGCAAUUGCUUCAGCAACCGUAACCAUUCAGAACAUGCCACCAAACGCAGUUCCCCCAUUUGCAGCUAGAGGUGCUUCGGGAGGUCACUUUGCGAACCACCAGUACCAAGUCAAUCCUCAUUCUCAAGUCGAUUACAAUAAAAGUAAAACUGGAUAUCAAAUGACUCAGCAAAUGUAUAAUGAAGGUAUGUACAAUCCGGACCAUGCCACAGUAAACGACACUCAAGGCUAUACAAGGACACAAGGACAUAACAACAUGUCCAGGUCAUCCAGAGGAUCAAGGUCACAAAAUUACCAUCAAGGAUACACUCAGCAACAGUACUAUGCCUAUACCAAAGCUCAUGGAGCUGAAGGAUAUCCAGGUGCUUCGGUUCAGAACAGUUACGGACAAGGAUAUCACACAUCCGAGCAUGGGGCAUAUAAUCAUUACCCUUAUGCGGCGAGUAACAUGUACAGUCCUGAUGGUUCUGAUAGUUUGCAACCACACAUGGCUAAUUCUCAUGAUGCUGGGUACUAUUCAAACGAGAAUAUGCAUCAUAAUAUGCAGAAGGUGCAGGAGUUUCAACAUCAGAACAAGGUUGGUUACUAUGACACGGCUUCAUAUUCCUCCAACCAAAUCCCACCCAAUGGCGACCAGGCAUACUCCAUGACACCGGAAAUGUUCCCCGGAAGUAACAGCAACCCCGCCGGAGUGAUGACGCCGCCAUCAAGCGUCAACACGGACAACGCAGAAAACUACAACAGUUUUCAUCAGUUCUACGCAGGAGAGAACAACGGCAGCAGCAACACACACAUAGCUCCGCCAGAAAGCAGCAACAGCUCUUCUGAUUUUAAUUUUCUCAGCAAUCUGGCUAAUGACUAUACACCAGAGUACUACCAGAUCUGAUGUAAUAGUGUUUUCGAUAGUUCGGUGUGUUGUUUGUGAAUGGUUUGGUGUAAAAGUUGUAUAAAUUUUUUGAGUGAUAAUGAAUAUACGUCCUGGUUAUCGUGCAAUAAUAUCGUGUAUUGCAAUUUUCUUGUUAUAAUAUGUUGUCAUUUUACUGUUUGUCAUUUUACACAACUUUGUUUAGACUUGUCGAAGCCCUGAGACUGUAUCCCUCUCAUACAAUCUACAUCUGUUACAAAAAUGUGGAGGGUGAAAAUCUAAAUAAAAAAGUAAUUUUUAGUAAAUUCCACAAUAAAAGACGGUUUUCUAAUCCAAUCAAAUAUAAAUAAAUGUAUUGUUCAGACAUUUGUAGAUGUUAAUAAGGCUACCUUGAUUUUUCAAACACCACAUAACAUUUUUUAAUAUCUAUUUAAAACAAAUGCCCUCUAUACCGGGUUCGUCUCAAAAGUGGCUCUCCCAUAUAUCUUUUUAGAUAAAAAACGAGAUUUGGUUG